AUGACCGUUACAUUUCCGCCGAGCAACAAACUAACGGUGACGGAGGUGUUCGACGCAAAGGGCCGGCCACGGCCCGAGGUACUGAAGCAACAUUUCAUGGCCGAGGGAAGGGUCACCGAUGACGUGGCUCUCAAAAUCGUGAAUGAGGGGGCCGCCAUCAUGCGCCAAGAAAAAACGCUCAUUGAAAUUGAUGCACCUUUGACUGUCUGUGGUGAUGUCCACGGUCAGUUCUAUGAUCUUAUGAAAUUGUUUGAAGUGGGCGGACCCCCGUCCUCUACCCGGUAUCUUUUUCUUGGAGACUACGUCGACAGAGGGUAUUUCAGUAUAGAGAUCGCUAGUCCCAUCUGGUACGUUUAUAAAUGCGAAACAGACAUACAAUACAACACGAUACAAUACAAACGUAAGAUUGCAUUUAGAUUCAAGGAACCCCCGGCAUUCGGGCCCAUGUGUGACCUUCUAUGGUCAGACCCGCUGGAAGAUUUCGGUAGUGAGAAGAAUGCGGAACAUUUUACGCACAACAGCGUCAGGGGUUGCUCAUAUUUCUAUAGUUAUGCAGCUUGUUGUGAUUUCUUGCAACAAAACUCACUCCUGUCAAUAAUAAGGGCCCAUGAAGCGCAAGAUGCUGGCUACCGCAUGUAUAGGAAGAGCCAGACGACGGGGUUUCCAUCUUUGAUCACAAUCUUCUCUGCACCGAACUAUCUCGAUGUGUAUAAUAAUAAGGCGGCCAUCUUGAAAUACGAGAACAACGUGAUGAACAUACGCCAGUUCAACUGCUCCCCCCACCCCUACUGGCUGCCCAACUUCAUGGACGUAUUCACAUGGUCACUGCCGUUUGUCGGCGAGAAAGUCACAGAGAUGCUGGUUAACGUGCUGAACAUAUGCUCUGACGACGAACUGAUGAACGAAGCUGAUGACUCUUUUGAAGGUGGGUCAGUGUCAGCCCGUAAGGAAGUUAUAAGGAACAAGAUUCGCGCCAUCGGAAAAAUGGCCAGGGUGUUCCAAGUUCUAAGAGAAGAAAGUGAAUGCGUGCUACAGUUGAAAGGGCUGACCCCGAACGGUCUACUCCCCGUGGGGGCACUAAGCGAGGGCAAAGACAGUCUUCAAACAUUCUUGACCGGAUUUUCUCCUACGCACAAGAUAAGCGGUUUCUCGGAGGCCAAACAGCUGGACAAGAUGAACGAGAGAAUGCCCCCACGCCCCCCCUCACUAGCCACCAAAGAGGCCACCAAGAUGUGAUGAUGAUGGUGAUAUAAUAUGUCGUUUCAGUAACGUUGACUAUGAUGGUGAUGAUGACGAUGAUGGUGAUGACGACGACGAUGAUUAUGUUGGUGUUUUAUUUUAGUGGCGAUGAUAGCCUGUGUAUCAUGAUACAAUGUGAUUCUCUUCACGUGUUGAUAUACGAUGAUGAUGAUGAUGAUGAUGAUAUGAUACGAUGAUGAUGAUGGUGAUAAUGUGGUGACGAUGAUAAUCUUGAGGUGAUAAUGAUGAUAAGGGCUCGGGGAUUGGAUUAAUAUUUGUGUGUGUGUGUGUGUUAUAAACCUUUUGACGUAUAAUUAAAUCAAUAUGAUAAUAUUUUUAUUAUUCUUAAUAUAACACUGAGGUGUCAGUUUAUCCGAAGCUAUGUAAUGUUAUGUCUUGUUACACAAGUGUGCGUGUGUGUGUGU